AAAGACUUUGAUGCUGUCUUGCAGGGAGCCAACCUGAGCUCCUCUCUCACUUUUGACGACGUCUGCGCCUCUGACACUUUUCACAGCCGCGCUGAGCACCGACUUUUGGGAGGGAAAAAGUUCGCUUCCCUGGCUUGUGAAGUGCCCAUAUUUAAAAAAAAAAACAGUUUAGGAAAUGAGCCAAAGUAGCAGACAGUCAUCUUGCAACACAUUUUGGCCACCUAGGGACAAACUAACCACUGGCGACGAUGUGCGCCCGAAUAGUAUGCCGACAGAAACAGAGGAAAAUGACUUUUUGACCAAGAACACCCGAGGAGGCCAGUCGGAUGUAUACGAUAUUUACGCACCGUGCGACACUGAGAAAGGUUGCCGUCAUCCAGCCCCUCGCAAGGAGUCGCACCGCGUGGGCGACACUCGCUUCGUCCCCGCCUCCGCCACCAUCUCGGAGACAGCCCGGGAGCUCUGCAAGGCCGUGUCCGUGUCUCUGGGACUACACUUGGACUCCACCGGCGACACGGAACGUGUCCCAAACGACCAAAUGUCCGCCGAGUGUUUAGUUACGCCAGACGCCUUCAAGUACAGGUGCUCUUUCGCUCAAGAGGAGCGCAAGCAGACGGCGUUGCCAUCAUGUCGGACCUCUUCGGACUUUAGUGACGCGUCUGACUUAACUUCUAAAGAGGUAGACCACAUGGGCACGCCGAGUACUCCACAGUGUACUUACACGCCGUCCACGCCGCUCCACAUGGAGCACCUUCACCGCGUAGUGGAGCGGCCGUGUCGAACCUACAAGCACCGGGAUGUCCCACCAGACUUUGGCGAGGACACGAGUGGGUACCAACUGGAGCCAUACGGCGUCAGUAUCAAGUCAGAGGAGGCGAAUGGCGAAGCCGGUGAGGGGCAGUGGGUCAAAACCUACAACCCUCAUGAGAGGUAUAACUCUCCGAUAUGGGGGCCGAGGCAGUGCGUUUCUACGCCGCAGACGAGUGGAACGAGCACGGCCUUCAUUUGUGAUCCGUACGAAAGGAGCAGCGGGCGUCUGGAGCAGUGGUGCACCGAAGGAGGGAUGCUGAUGCCGCUUUACCCCAACCCCAGCCACAUCAAGAAGGAGGUGGGAGAAUGGCUGAAUGUCGCCUACAAAGACUCCAGGUUUGAGACUGGAAGAGAGCACAUGUUCCCCAUGGAGUUCUUCUUCCCACCACAGAGGACAUGCCUGAUCUGCUCCGACGAGGCUUCUGGCUGCCAUUACGGCGCACUCACCUGCGGUAGCUGCAAGGUUUUCUUCAAAAGGGCAGCAGAAGGCAAGCAGAAAUACUUGUGUGCCAGCAAGAACGACUGCACCAUUGAUAAACUAAGGAGAAAAAAUUGUCCAUCUUGUCGGCUGAAGAAGUGUUUUGAAGCUGGGAUGACUCUAGGAGCACGUAAACUAAAGAAGACUGGACAACCAAAAAACCCCAAAGAGGAUCGUCCUGUUAAGGAUUCACCUGAGGUUAUUCAAGAUGCCUCCCAGAAAUUGAGCCUGAACUUUAACUCCCACAUGGUCCUCCUUAAUAUGCUGGAGUCCAUUGAGCCUGAGGUGGUGAACGCGGGCCACGAUUACGGCCAGCCAGACUCAGCGGACACUCUGCUCACCAGCCUCAACGAGCUUGGGGAGAGACAACUGGUCCAUGUGGUCAAGUGGGCUAAACGACUACCAGGUUUUAGGAAUCUCCAUGUGGAUGACCAAAUGACUGUCAUCCAACAUUCGUGGAUGGGCGUGAUGGUGUUCGCCUUGGCUUGGCGAUCGUAUAAGACUGUCAACGGCAGGAUGCUGUACUUCGCGCCCGAUCUCGUCUUCAACGAGCAUCGGAUGCACAUCUCCACCAUGUACGAGCACUGCAUUCGCAUGAAGCAGCUGUCGCAGGAGUUUGAGUCAUUGCAGAUAACGCAGGAGGAGUUCCUCUGCAUGAAGGCCCUGCUCCUCUUCAGCAUUCUUCCCGUGGAGGGUCUGAAGAGCCAGAAGUGCUUUGACGAGCUGCGCCUCACCUACAUCAACGAACUCAGCCGUGUGGUGAAUUAUCGUAUUACAGCCAAUUGUUCUCAGAGGUUCUACGAACUCACCCGACUGCUGGACUCCCUCCAGAUGACCAUAAAGAAGCUGCAUCAGUUCACAUUCGACUUGUUUGUCCAAGCUCAGUCGUUCCACAGCAAGGUGAGCUUCCCAGAGAUGAUUGGAGAGAUCGUCUCAGUGCACGUACCAAAGAUGCUGGCAGGUUUGGCCAAACCCAUCAUGUUUCACGAGUAAAACGACUCCUUUCUUUUUUUUUGUUGUUUUUUGUUCCUUGUACAGUUUUCCUAAAUUGUUUAGUUCCCAGCCUCAAUCGUGAUAUCUCCUUUUUUGAGUUUUAAUAUUAAUUGACAUAAUUGACUUUUUUUUUUCCACAACUGCCCAAGUUCGUCUUUUUUCUUGCCUGAGCUGAAAUUCUUCUGUGAAAGCGCAAACACACACACACACACACACACACACACACACACAAACAAACAAACACAAUCUGUAAAUCAUCAUCGCACCUACCUGCAGUUGGAAAACGUGUUUUCACGCUCACCAGACACUUUAUCAAGUACACCCGUUCAAUUUAAAGAGCUGAAUAAAAUAUCUCAGUAAGAUGCAGUGGAAUUCUACCCCACUCAAACUGCAGCCACAAAAAUACAUGUAAUGUUAAUUAAUAUGAGCAUUAUUAGAAUACUGAUACAGCUCUUAUAUUGGUCCUACAUGUACCUAAAGAAGUGUCUGGUAAGGGUACACCCAGCAUUUGGUGUCUUUGCAAAUGCAAAUUAGAUGCUUUUUCUCCCAGUAAGAAAAGUGCUUGUAUUGCUUGCCGAAGCAAGUCGCCACCUGUCAAGUGAUGUUAGAUGUGCCUUGUCACGAACGUCAGGAUUCUUUUUUUCGAAGCUUACAUCACUGAGCAGUGAAAGGUGCGCUCAUUUGAUGUAAAUUUAAUAUAAUGUAAUGUAAUGUUUCGUUAAGAUUUUGAAAAUUGAUCUUGAAACCCCCAACUCAAAUCCCACGAACCCUAACAGGACACGGCAAAGGACAGAGAUGAAUACCUUUUCCAAGUCUAUAUGGACUGGAUAGGAAAAUCGCCAGACACCCUCCAGUUCCCUUGCAAGGGUGUAAAACUGGUCCAGUGUUCCACGUACUAGUCGUACUCUUCUCUCCAGCACUCUGGAAUAGACUUUCCCAGGAGGCUGAGGAGUGUGAUCCCCCCGUAGUUACAAUGCUUUUUUCAUGAGGCCCAGCACUGUGGGCAGCGCCCUUGGAUGGUAUCAUGACUCACACUUGUCAGCAUCAUUUAGUUGUACCAAGUAGUUUAGCUUGUGUGUUCACACUUUGUCACUUUUGUACGUCUGAUAAUGAAAAUGCUGUUUAAGAUGAUGCAGGUGCUUUUGAAUUUUAAUUAACCGAUUUAUUAGGUACACCUGCACAAAUGAAUGUAACACAAGAAAUUAAGCACAGAGAUGUUGCAUUCAUCAAGAUAACAAUGCUGCAAACUACAACCACAAUAAUAAACAUUGUUUUGAUACCUACAGUACUUAAUAUAGCAUUAUUAUCUUUGUAAAGGCAGCUCUUGCACCGGAUUUCAUUCUGCAUUAAAUAUCAAGUUCCCAUCCAAUUUGAAUGGAUGUAAAAACACAAGAAUACAUUGUACUCACCACCUUCUGGGGGCUGUGCUGUAAGGAAGACACCAACUUCUUUGAGAGAACAUGAUUGUCGUUGCCAGAUCUCAUAUUAGACGAGGGUAGAAACGUUCCAGCAGGACAACAAAUAGAAAAAAAUGAUGGCCAACUCUGAUGUGGAAGCAUGUCAGAAGACAGGAUGAUGGAUGACAAAACGCCUGAGCUGGUGGUGCCAAGGAAGAAUCUGUGCUAUGUAGUCCACAUAACAAAUCAGCAAGUCAGAAUUUAGCCAACAGUGGAACCUCCAAAUUUGACAAGCCUAGAAGUUGUACAAUUUGUAAUACAACUGAACUGGUCUGGAAAAAGAAACAGAAAAACUUGUGAUGUCAUGCAAGACUUGAGCCCCGUGAGCAGGAAAAUGAUUUACCUUCACAAUAGUGUAUUUUGCAUUUUAAAUAGGAUUUUUUUAAUGCCCACCACAGAAGCCACCACCAGUGAUGGCAAAGAGGAAAAUGUGAUAACCAUAGAACAGGAAUUGGACAUUGGAAAGGUGUGUCUGGGCUGCUCAGUACAAUAUGGCUAACUCAACCGCUCGUCAACAAUGACAGUCAGAAUGGAACAUACUUAAACAUGAAAUGAGCAGAGUGCACUGCUAGCAUGCUGUAGUACACCAAUCCCGACAGUCAAACCUCGGUUUUCGUACACCCCAAUUGUUGUUGAACCUUUUCACCAAAAUUUUGCCUCCGUUUUUCGUAAACUGUCUCAACAAACUAGUCCAUUUGACCUGCAUUGUAUCAUUACGUGAAAUUGAGUGCCCAAACAAAGCCCAAUGUGUGCAAUUUAUUGAUUGAUUGUGGCUUCUAAACAACCCACCAUGGGGCCAAGGAAAGUGGCAAGUGCCAGCAAUUUGAUAAAGACGGUGAGAAACAAUAAGUUCCAUUUCACCUGGAUGUACGGUAAGUCUGCAUCAACGAUAAGUUCCAUCAGAUGGCCAUUUAUAAUUAUCUUGCAUUUUCUACAUGUAAACCCAUAAUUGUCUAUAAAAUUAUGUAGCAUUUUUUGUUCAUAUUUCAGUGUGUCUGGAACUAUCCUAUGGGAAAAAAAAUAACCUUGGUUUUCGUAGGUUUCGUUUUUCAUCAUUUUGGAAGCGAUUAAUAACGAAAACUGAGCAACCACCGCAUAUCAUUUGGUCCCGCGCUCUUCAUGGAAAUACAGAUGCUGCAGACUGUCACACAUGCAUGACAGUUGCACAGCUAAUGAAGGUUUUAUGAUGCUGACAGUUUUGACCCUGGGACAGAUUAUUUGAAUUGCAAUUGAUUCUUGUGAAAAAAAAUUGUAGACAAGUGUCACUGAAGGAUUGUGUUCAACUUUGGAGGUUCCAUUGUGUUCAUUCUGUAUCCAGCUGACUUUUUUUACACUGCACAUUUACUUAGUCUUAACGUUUAUAUAUGACAAUAUAAUGAUUUUUUUUUUUACAACUUUACAUUUCCUAUGAAAGUUUGCCGGCUUCACGUGUUGUGUGGUCCCUGCUUUUAGUUUUAUUAAAGUGUACAGUUAGCAGCUAUUUCAUGAUGUCUAGUGCAGUGGUUUUCAACUGGUUUGGCUGCGGGACCCCCCAUCAUCCCUCAAUGACAAGCGGCGACCCAAUUGAUUUUUACAACUCAAACUUGUUAAGUAUACAAGAUAUUUGAUAUUGAUAGGGACUGUUGGCAAAAGACAAGAACAUGAAGUGCAUUCAUGGACAUUGGGUCAUUACUGCAGAGAGCCACCAGUUGGGAAGUGGUCUAGUGCAUUGUUUUUCGUGCUUCAGUCCACCUGCACAGAUGAAUGUUUUCAAUGUGUUUUGAUACAAUAUGUGAAAAAGCAACAAGGGACUAUUAGACGCUAGUUGUACAUACUGGUUCCUGAUGACUAUGCUGUGAUGUUGACCUAGCCAGCGUCAUUUUUAAUUACCUUUUUUUGUGUAAUGUGUAACUUGAUUGUUUAGCUGUUAAUAAUGCAUUUCACAGGGCAAAUGAAACAUGUUUACAUGUAUGGUGUGCACAGAACACACCAUAAGUGUAGCCCACCACGUUUGUAUAUCUGGUAUGUACUGCAUAUGAAACUGUAGUUGGUUUUGGUGUUCUUUUAAUGGUCAGUUCUUGUUUGAUUUAUGGCAUUUGUGAACUGUUUUUUAACUGUUGUGUUUUUCAAAAGUGUAACUAAAGACAAUUAAAACCGUCCUGACAGAAUAUUUCUUACGCAGGUUUCAUUUACAGAGUUGAGGUCUAAUUUUACUUCUAAAACUGUUAUGUAGCUUUCCAAAGUAAUUUCCAGUAGUGCAAACGAAGUGAGCAACAGGGCAGCGAGAACUCUUGUCUGGCACUGGAGGCAGGAAUGCGGUGGGAGGAGCGAAUUGGAAAAUAAAUACAAUGUCUUGAGUACAAACAUUCUUAUAAACAAUAGUCAUUGUCCAAAAGGCCGUCUGUAUCAAUACGUGGUUAAAACGGAAGGAACACAUUUUACAGGAGAUUGCUGAGCUGGAGCCUAUCCCAACUGACUUUGGGUGACAGGCAGCAAUAACCCAUGUGGAGAACAUGCAUCAACAUGAGGGACGACAGCCAUGAACUUGGGAGGAGACACCAAAACCAACAACACACUUCCAGCCUUUUCAAUAAACGAGCUGUGCAUUCAUCCGGCCUGACUGCACUGAACAAAAUAACGGUCUCAGAAAAGUAGUUUACACCAUCAAAUUAAAAGCACAAAAUGAAUAAUUUUAGUGCGAUUCUGAAGAUUUCCACAUCGAUGUGUGGGUGACAGUGUGCUAGCAUAAAUUAACUCAACAUGGACAUGUCAUCAAAACUCCCCUUGAUGCAUUCACACACAGCAUCAGUUUGGUGAAAGGAGAUGAGGUGAAAGGAGAACGGGGAAAAUACUGUAUUUGUGGUAUGUAAUUUUACUUGAGGCACACACAGCUAUGGUGCAUUCAAGGGGUCUUCUCCUUUCGGCUUUUCCCUUCAGGGGCCGCCACAGCGAAUCAGUUGCCUCCAUCUAACCCUGUCUUCUGCAUCCUCUUCUCUCACACCAACUACCUUCAUGUCCUCUUUCACUACAUCCAUAAACCUCCUCUUUGGUCUUCCUCUAGGCCUCCUGCCUGGCAGUUCCAAACUCAGCAUCCUUCCAUAUAUUCCCUAUCUCUCCUCUGGACAUGUCCAAACCAUCUCAGUCUGGCCUCUUUGACUUUAUCUCCAAAGCCUCUAACAUGUGCUGUCCCUCUGAUGUACUCAUUCCUGAUCCUAUCCUUCCUGGUCACUCCCAGAGAGAACCUCAGCAUCUUCAUCUCUGCUACCUGCAGCUCUGUCUCCUGUCUUUUCCUCAUUGACACUGUCUCUAGACCAAACAACAUCGCUGGUCUCACCCCAGUUUUGUACACCUUUCAUUUUAGCUGAAACUCUUCUAUCACACCUGACACUUUCUCCACCCGUACCAUCCUGCCUGUAAACGCUUCUUCACCUCUUUUCCACACUCUGCAUUGCUCUGGACUGUUGACCCUAAGUACUUAAAAUCCUCCACGUUCUUGAUCUCUUCUCCCUGUAAGCUCACUCUUCCACUUGGGUCCCUCUCAUUCACACACAUGUACGCUGUCUUACUGCGGCUAACCUUCAUUCCUCUCCUUUCCAGGACAAACCUCCACCUCUCUAGCUUCUCCUCCACCUGUUCCCUGCUCUCACUGCAGAUCACAAUGUCAUCUGCAAACAUCAUAGUCCAUGGAGAUUCCUGUCUAACCUCGUCUGUCAGUCUGUCCAUCACCAUAGCGAACAAGAAGGGGCUCAGAGCUGAUCCCUGAUGCAGUCCCACCUCCACCUUGAACUCCUCUGUCACACCUACAGCACACCUCACCACAGUCUUACAGUCCUCAUACAUGUCCUGCACCGCUCUAACAUACUUCUCUGCCACUCCAGACUUCCUCAUACAAUUCCACAGUUCCUCUCUGGGCACCCUGUCAUAAGCUUUCUCCACAUCUACAAAAACACAAGGCAGCUCCGUCUGGCCUUCUCUGUACUUCUCUAUCAACAUCCUCAAAGCAAAUACUGCCUCUGUAGUACUCGUUUUUUGGCAUGAAACCAUACUUCUGCCCUUAGUCUAGCUUCAACUACUCUUUCCCAUAACUUCACUGUAUGGCUCAUCAGCUUUAUUCCUCCGUAGUUGCCACAGUUCUGCACAUCUCCCUUGUUCUUAAAAAUGGGCACCAGCACACUUCUCCUCCAUUCCUCAGCCAUCUUUUCAUUAUCUAAGAUCCUGUUGAACAACUCAGUCAGAAACUCUACAGCCACCUCUCCUAGACACUUCCAAACCUUUACAGGUAUAUCAUCAGGACCGACGGCCUUUUUACUCUUCAUCCUCUUCAAUGCCCUCCGCACUUCAUCCUGACUAAUCUUUGCUACUUCCUGGUCCACAAAAGUCACCUCUUCUAGUCUUUGUUCUCUCUCAUUUUCCACGUUCAUCAGCUCUUCAAAGUAUUCUUUCCAUCUUCCCAUCACACUACUGGCACUUGUCAAUAGACUUCCAUCCCUUUCCUUAAUCACCUUAACCUGCUGCACAUCGUUCCCAUCUCUGUCUCUCUGUCUUGCCAACCUUUAUAGAUCAGUCUCUCCCUCCUUACUAUCCAACCUAGCAUACAAGCCAUCAUAAGCCUCUUGUUUGGCCUUUGCUACCUCUACUUUCACCUUACGCUGCAUCUCCCUGUACUCCUGUCCACCCUCCUCAAUCCUCUCAGUGGACUUCUUCUUAGCUAACCUCUUUCUCUGUAUACACUCCUGUACCUCCUCAUUCCACCACCAAGUCUCCUUGUCUACUUUCCUUCCAGAUGCCACACCAAGUACUCUCCUGCCUGUCUCCCUGAUCACAUUAGCUGUAGUUGUCCAGUCAUCCGGAAGCACCUCCUGACCACUCAGAGCCGGUCUUAACUCCUUCCUAAAAGUCAUGCAACACUCUUCCUUUUUCAGCUUCCACCAUUUCGUCCUCUGCUCUGUCUUCAUCUUCCUCACCACCAGAGUCAUCCUACACACCACCAUCCUAUGCUGUUUGGCUACACUAUUGCCUAGCACUACUUUACAGUCACUGAUCUCCUUCAGAUGACACCGUCUACACAAGAUGUAGUCUACCUGUGUGCUCCUACCUCCACUCUUAUAGGUCACCCUAUGUUCCUGCCGCUUCAGGAAGAAAGUAUUCACUAUAGCCAUUUCCAUCCUUUUUGCAAAGUCAACCACCAUCUGUCCAUCUGCAUUCCUCUCCUGGAUACCAAACCUGCCCAUGGCCUCCUCAUCACCUCUGUUUCCUGCACCAACAUGUCCAUUGAAAUCUGCACCAAUGACAACUGUCUCUCUUCUAUGUAUGCUCUGCAUCACUUCAUCCAAGUCCAACCAGAAUUUCUCCUCCUCCUCCAGCUCACAUCCUACCUGUGGAGCAUACCCACUAACAACAUUGACCAUCACACCUUCGGUUUCUAGCUUCAGACUCAUCACUCUAUCUGACACUCUUUUUACCUCCAGGACAUUCCUACUCCUUCAAGAUAA